AUGCACGUUGUCAACUCCGCCUUCAAAGUUCAGUCCCAGCUCCCCAAUAUGGAAUCUUUGGCUUCCAUCUCUGCCUCUCAUUGUUUCAAUGAUCCCUAUAUCCUUUCGCCCACUCAUAUAUCACUUUCGCUCCUGGCACCGGCCCAAGAAGCCUGCACCAGAACUGGGACAUCUGCAACAGUGAUACACCAAUAUUGA